AACACUAUCCAGAAAAUGCAAAGGUAGUUUCAUUACAAUAAUUAUUAUAGUAUUAAAAAUGAAAUUUUAAUAAAAUAAAAAAAAAUUAAUCGACCCAGCCAGAGAGAUCUCAGUUUCAGUUCAGUCUCAACGACUGAAAACGAAGCCAAAUUACAACACGAAUUGCUGCCAGAUCUAUUUUCUGGCCUCUUUGAUUCAGUAAACUUCAUAUCCUAGAGAGAGAGAGAGAGAAGAUGAAUAUAUUCAGGUUAGCAGGGGAUAUGACCCAUUUGGCAAGUGUUCUUGUUUUGCUCCUCAAGAUUCACACUAUCAAAUCUUGUGCUGGCGUUUCUUUGAAGACUCAGGAACUCUAUGCUAUUAUUUUUGUUACUCGAUACUUGGAUCUUUUCACGGACUAUAUCUCACUCUACAAUACAUUAAUGAAAAUUAUUUUCUUGGGAAGUUCUAUAUCGAUAGUCUGGUAUAUGAAGCAUCACAAGGUUGUCCGCAGAUCCUACAACAAAGACCAGGACACUUUCCGCCACUACGUCCUUAUGAUACCCUGUUUGUUAUUAGCACUAAUUGUAAAUGAGAAGUUUUCCUUCAAAGAGGUGAUGUGGACAUUUUCCUUAUAUUUGGAAGCUGUUGCCAUCCUUCCUCAGUUAGUUUUGUUGCAGAGAACAAGGAAUAUUGACAACUUGACUGGCCAAUACGUUUUUCUUCUAGGUGCAUACCGAGCAUUUUAUAUCCUUAACUGGAUUUACCGCUACUUCACUGAACCACACUAUGUGCACUGGAUAAUUUGGAUUUCAGGACUUGUUCAGACGCUCCUUUAUGCUGAUUUCUUCUAUUACUACUUCCAAAGCUGGAAGAAUAACGUGAAGCUUGAAUUGCCUGCUUGAGUUUGCUUUGAGAAAGAUACAAAGGGUGCAAGACUUUUGAGAGUCAUAUGUUUAGACAAACAGAUCAUAUAUUGGUUUUGAACUACGGCUCGUCCUGUAGCCGUAGAUCUGAGAAGAGGCGAAGCAUCUCUUUCUUUCACUCACUACUUGUGACGUAUUCAUUUGUAGCAUUUGAAGAGCAUUAUUUAGUAUUGUUGAUGAAAAUGUGCAAGUAUUCUUGCUCCAAAUCUGCAAGAUUUGCUUAGUAAGGUCUGGCGGGUUUGAUGCCCAACCAUUUAUUUAGUUACUUGAAGCAAAUGAUCAUAUGAUUCACAUGAUGAUUCCCUUCAAGUUUGUUGCACAAAUAUGGAAAACUACAUUA